AGGUUAUGUUGAUGUUGACUCUCGAGCCGAGUCACUUCUAGUCAAUUCUAUCGAUUUUACGGAAAUUUUCUUUAAUAAAUUAAGUAAAAUUGCUGCAGUUAUUCAGUUAGUUCGAUCCUUUCACGGCAAUAUCUGCCGUUGUAAUAAAUCGGUUGUUUCGGUGAUUACGAAGUGCCUCACGGAAUUUGAGUGAACAGAUCUUGAUUGAGACACUGACUUCAUUGAUAAGAAGUUUCGGACUCAUUUUUCCAUUCCUGUCCGACAGUGUUAUACUUACGAUCUUACGUCACUAGGAGUUUUGUGACUGUGCAUCAAUUGGAGUAACAUUCAAAAUUCAAAAUCAACGUUUCAAUAGUGACGGACUGGAUGCUAUGAAUUCAUGCUUAAAGUAUGUCAUCUUUGUCUCCCUAGUCCCACUUCAAAUGUGAUACAUUUAUAUUACCGUCUCCCUUCUGUCAAAAAAUUACUGCACACAAGUUUAUCUAUUUGCUCUUUUUUCGAUCCAACCAUGGGAGACGAAAAAUUUUCACGCCUGAAAACCCCCAGAAAAUCUCCACAGGAUACGAAGGAGUAUUCAGCUAUUCAGUUACCGAAUAGACUAACAGCUUUAAUUGUGAGUGAUGUGAAAAAUCUCAUAUCAUUGGAUGAUGCUCAGAAGAUCUCGGAAAAUGAAUCCAAAGACCACUCAGUCUGUUCCUCCGUUAGUGGCGAUGAGGAAGAAGAGGAAGAAGAUGAUGCUGUAGAGGGCAAGUCUGGUGAACGCUUUGCAGCUGUCGCUCUAACUAUUGGUGUUGGAAGUUUCAGUGACCCUCCCAAUAUUCCUGGUUUAGCUCAUUUUCUGGAACACAUGAUCUUUAUGGGGACGGAGAAGUACCCAGGAGAAAAUGAAUUUGAUUCUUUCCUACAUACUAAAGGUGGAUACAGUAAUGCGUCAACAGAUUGUGAAGAAACAACCUUUUAUUUUGAAUGCCAAGAGAUCUACCUAGAAAAAGCUUUAGAUUAUUUUUCAAACUAUUUUGUUUGUCCGCUUUUAAAACAAGAGGCCAUGACUCGUGAGCGGGAAGCUGUUGAUUCUGAAUUUCAGAUCACUGUGUCUGAAGAUCAUUCCCGCUUUCAACAAGUUUUUGGUAGUUUGGCUGCUCCAGACAAUCCAGCGGGGAAAUUUAUGUGGGGAAAUCAGAAAACUCUGAAAGAUGAUGUAUCAGAUGAUGACCUUCAUGCAGCAACUGUAGAAUUUUAUAAACGACAUUACUCAGCUCAUCGCAUGAAGUUGGCUAUACAAGCUCGUUUGCCAUCCAGCUUACUGGAGUCAUGGGUUGUUCAGUUUUUUUCUGCCGUUCCAACAAACAACCUCCCUGCAGACUCAUUUCCAAUGAAGGGCCUUCCUUUUGAACAUGAUAAAUUUCACAAAAUUUACACAGUUCAAUCCACAAAGGAUGUGACAUUAUUGCAAGUCGGAUGGAUUUUACCUCCGGAUACGAAUUAUUACAAAGAAAAGCCUCUAGCGUAUCUGUCAUGGAUUAUUGGGCACGAAGGAGUUAACAGUCUAAUGGCUUUCUUAAGAUCCAAAAACUGGGCCCUGGCCUUGUGCGCUGGUGUUGAAAAUGAUCAGUUCAACGAUAAUUCUCUUUUCACAUAUUUUGAAAUAACUGUUAAAUUGUCAGAGCAAGGUGUUUCUGCCAUGAAUGAUGUUUUAGGUGCCAUUUUUAGCCAUGUCAGAUCCCUCCAAGAGCUAGGUCCAUGCAAUAGAAUAUACGAUGAAAUUAAAGCCCUAGCAGAUAUUGAUUUUCGGUUUCAAGAGGAAGAUGAUGUAGCAAGUUAUGUUGAAUCUUUAUCUCAAGAUAUGUUGGUAUACCCUCCCGAGGACUUCAUCAGUGGACCAGACUUAUAUGAGAAGUAUGAUCCUGAAUUAAUUAAAUCUUAUUUGGAUCAAAUGAUACCAGAAAAUGCAAUUAUUUUUAUAAGGUCAAAGGAUGAAGUGAAACCUCUAGAUUUAGAAGAAUUUUGGUUCAAAACCAAAUAUCGAGUUGAUGAUUUUGGCUCUGAAUUAUUAGAGCAUGUGAAGAGUUUCAAGUUGCCAAAAUCUGUAACCAUCCCUCCUCCUAACAACUUUAUUCCUUCCAACUUUGACCUCUUGCCAUCCCCUCAGAGUGCUAACCCUUUCCCUGUGAAAAUUGACAGCCCUUCGGAUCAUUUUGAAAUCUGGUACAAGCAAGAUGUUGAAUUCAAAAUGCCAACUACCAUUAUCUGUAUUCAUUUCCUAUCAAAUUUUGUUACUGCCUCUCCCAGAAACGAAACGAUGUGGGAUGUGUUCUUGAAUGUUUUUGAACAAAUUUUAACCCCGCAUGUGUAUCCAGCCAAAAUGUGUAGCACAGGACACCGAAUUUACAAAACUGAAAGAGGUUUCGCGCUUGAACUAGAAGGCUACCAUGACAAAAUUCAUUUAGUUCUCGAAUUAAUUUUAGAUCAAAUGAAAAACUCCCAUGAUCAUAUUGCUCUCGAUUUAUUUGAAAAUAUUAAAAAAGAGGUUGGCAAGGGGUACAGAAACAAACUGAAAAGCUCAAAAACAGUAGAAAAAGCAUUACGAUUCUCAGCCCUCUGGAGAGAUUCCUCUUUUGAUGUAGAUAGAAUUGCAGAGUUGUCAAACAUUAGUUACAAUGAUUUAUUAAACUUUUCCAGAACACUCUUGCAAGAAUUGAAAGCACAGUGUCUUUUUCAAGGAAAUAUUUCAGAAACCCAAGCUAGAGAUACGUGUGUGAAAAUCCAAUCCAUUUUUCAGUUUGAUGAAUUGCCCAAAGAGAAAAUUCCAUCCUUGACUCUCUGUGAGCUGCCUGUCGGUCAAUACAUGUGCAGUGUCCAGUCUUUUGAUAAAAAUGAUGUCAAUUGUCUAACCUCUGAAUAUUUUCAAUGUGGAGUAUUUGAUCUGAAAUCAUCAUGUAUAAUUCAGUUCUUUGACAUGAUUUUUGAAGAGCCACUCUUUGAUACUUUGAGGACUAAAGAACAAUUAGGGUAUGAUAUUUCAUGCUGCUACAAGGAUACCCUUGGUGUCCUGGGAUUCUCAGUUACUCUUAUCUCUGCAUUAGAUAAAUUUGAGCCUCAUUUUGUUGAAAGUAAGCUGAGCUCAUUCAUUGAAAAUUUUGGCGAGGAGUUGAAAUCUAUCUCAGAAGAGGCAUUUCAGGAAUCACAAGAUUCCUUAAUUAAGGACAAAAUGCGAGUAUUCAAUUGUCUAAGAGAUGAAGUGAAGUUUCAUUUUGAUGAAAUCAAAAGCCAAGACUUUUUUUUCAAACGGCACCUAAAAGAGGCAAAGCAAAUAAAGGAAUUAAAAUUGAGUGAUCUCACAGAAUGGUAUGAAAAAUAUAUCCAAGCGGAUACUAAUAUGCUCCGGAAACUUGUAAUUCAGGUUGUCGGGCACAAGUCAGACUCGAAUCGACCAUCUAGUCCAAUUAAUAAUACAGCCCCUUUAAAUUAUCUGUACAUUGUUAAUCCUAGUGCCACGUGUAAUUAUAAAAUCAUUGAUGAUAUUAAAGAGUUCAAUAGAUCUUUGGCAUUUUUAAGGAAGGCAUAGGAAAAUUACUAAUCUUAGAAUUAUUUUUUACAGCAGUGUGAAAUUAUGUUAUUUUUUCAAGUGAAUCUCUGCAUUUAAUUCGCAUGAGAAAGAACCCUGUCCUCAGCUGAAUCUGCUGUCUAUUUUAUUUCUAAAUAGCACUCUAAAUUUUUAUUUUUCUGAAAAUGCUCGAAAAAAAUUAUCCAACUGGGUGAAAUUAGUAUUGUGACUAAAUAAAAAGUUUGAGUUUUUUCAAUUAGCAGCAUAAACAACAACAGCUGAUUUUUACAAGUAGGUAGGUAUGCCAUCGCAGUCACCCUAUGAUCACAGGUGAAAAUUACAUGAAAAAGUGAUCCCUCGCUUUUUUUACGCACAUAUAUCUAGUCAUCAAGUUUGAUUGCCGGUACCAAGAACUUUUUCCAAUGCUCAAAACCUAAUGUACUAAAGGAUUCAGUUACGUUUUAAUUUUUUUUUUUUCUUCUUCAAAUGUCGAAAUCUAAUUGCAUCUUAUGUUUAUCAUUUCAAAUUUUGAUUGUUCAAGAAUUUGAUCGUUAUUUUUACUCGAUUCUGUUCCUCUUGCCCAUUCAUAAAAAAGCUCUUUUUCACCUCAUAAAUAUUUUUUAAAAAUCCAA